AUGGAAAGAACACCGUUCAGCCGACGAUACGCCUAUUGGCAAUAUCGGUAUAGCAAAAAGAAAAUAUUGAUUGGUGUUGGCAUUGCAAUCUUGACGUUGUUACUACUGCUUGGCUUAAUAUUUGGGCUGGUUUUUGGGUUAAAUAGCAAGUGUAAGUUCGUAUCAAACUUUAGUCUGAUAAAAUAGACCUAAUUUUGAAAAAAGUGUAUUGAAUUAGGCCUUCAGAAUGACCUUUUCUCUAGGUACAGCUACCUACUUUUCUAUUACUAGGCUUAACUAAGCCAAAACCAAGCCUACAAAGUCCUUACUUAUGUCUAAAGCACCAAACAUUCAUUUCAAAAACCUUUUUUUCAAAUUUUGCCUAAAGCAAAACCAAAAAAAUAAUACAAUGUUUAACUUUUAUGCCAUUAAAGCUCCUUUUCAACCCGCAAAUCUUUGUAUUUUAGCCGACGAUGAUAAGCCAAAACCGGCCCAAAACCUAACCACUGUAUUCGCGGUUUUCCCUGUGGGACACAGAGAAGCAAAGUCAUUCCGAGUUCGACGUGGUAUCAACUACUUGUUUCAGGAUGACAACAAUAAUCAAGAAAAAGUGAGAAUUCUAGAUUCAGUAACCUAAUAUUGGGAUCGGACUAAACCUGUAGCACGAGGAUUCUAGCUUCAGAUACCUGCUAAUGGUAUAAGACUAGAACUGCAAAAGCCCCCCUCCAAGCCUAGACAAGACUAAUUAUGUCAACUCUAAAGAUAAGCCUAAUUAUGCCAAUUUCAGAUAAAAUCCGUGUUACUAAAAAGUUUUGACAAAUUGAAAGACAGCUUCGAGGCCAACGAAUUAGCCGUCAAAAUAGUGCCUUACAGUGAGGAAGUGCUCGAGAGCCAAGCCUUAUCAUUCCAGAAUUUACCAGCUUUAAAAGACAAAAUUAUUCAACUUUUCAAUGGCAAUUAUCUCAUUCGAAAUGACCCGUCGCAACAAAAGUGAGCAGGAUUAUCUAAAAGUUUUACAUUUCAGUAAGACUUUUCAAUGUUAUACGAUUUGUUUUGACUUUCUACUUCUUUUGAAAUUCAGCUUUAUUGUACCAUGUUUAGCUUCCAUUUUGUUGCUACUAUAAGUUCCAAGCCAAGUUUUUAAUUUAAAAAAAGGAAAAACAAAAAAUUUUUCCCAAAAAAACUAUAAAUAAGUAGGAGACCAGAAAAGUAGCCCAAGCACAUGCCGAAACAAAUUUAAUUUUAAAAUUUCAAAAAGAUCCUAUUUGACUAGACCAAAAAAGGUGAUCACAAGACACGGCCCGGCCCUGGAACGAGAUCAACCAAAGCAAAUCUAGAAUACCCAAGCCGGCACAUUUGAGCAGGAAGACUGAGGCCCAAACCAAGGCAGAGGGUCCUAGCUUAGAUCCCGCAACGAAAGUUUUAAUUUGCACAAACAGUGUAAAACCAGCCUGAUAUUCAUGCUAUUUACUUAAGAAUAAUAUUAAAAUCAUUUUUGAAAUUUAAAUCGUUAAAUUGUUGAUUACUCAAGGCACGCAAGCAGUACGAUAUAUAUUGUCCUAGGUAUUGUUAUAACACAUUCAUAUGAAAGGCCGGGCCGGGCUGAUAAAAAUUUUAAUGGAACCGGGCCGAAAAACUAACCCGUCCUUCUUACAGGUCUAGUAUUGGUUGAAAGCUAAAAAAUAAUACAAAAUUUUACAAAAAUUUGAAAGCUAUAGAGUAAAAAAUGCCGAAAUUAAAAAGUUUUCGAACUGUCAUUUCAUAUCCCCUCUAAGUUUUUACCAAAUCUUUCCUAAAUUAAAAAUUUUUUAUUUUCAGCGCCAUGACUUUUGUAAAUCAAAACAGCUCCAAUGUAAAUGCCGAUACUAAUCGUAUGUUUUUCUUUUCUCCACCAAGUGAAUUGUACAGGUAAGUCAAUAUCAUCAAUUUUAUAAUGUGAUUAUUUCAUUACUGCCACAGUAUAUUACAAAAGAACUAUAACUCAUUUUACUAUUACCGUGUUACCUUUUUCUUUCUAUUAUCAUUAUCACCUUGUUCCGACCAUUACUCCCUUUCUUUAUAAGACCUUAAUUGGUCCUCUUUUCAUACAUUUUUAAAUUUUAAAACAGUUUCAAAUUUAAAAAAACUUCAUAAUUAUGAUAAAACUGAUCACCCACCUCACCCAUUCCAGCUCACCAGAAGCCAUCAAAAAGGAUCGUCAAGAGGUCGGUAAACUGCUCAAGAAUGUACCACAACUGGUGUUGGUAAACGUUGAAAAGGAUGACAAAAUGAAGGAAGAUUACGGGCUCGAUGAUUCUGCUACCGUAGUUGAUGACGCUGAAAACAAAAUAGACGAUAUUGUUGAAAAAUUAGGUAAGAAAAAAAUAACGGAGUAAAAACGCAAUGUAUUUGACACGUAGUAAUUAUAGAUUAAAAAAAAUAAUUAAAUGUUUAGACCCCGAGAAACCAUUCGCAACAACAACUACUACCACCACUACGACUGAGCCUACCACCACUACGACUCAGCCUACCACCACUACGACUGAGUCUAGCACUACAACAACAGCUGAACCAAGUACUACAACGACAGCAGCACCAACCACUACUACUAGUACAACAACAGAGCCCUCGACUACUACUAGUACAACAGUUGAGCCAUCCACUACUACUAGUACAACAGUUGAGCCAUCGACUACUACUAGUACAACAGUAGAGCCAACCACUACUACUAGUACAACAACAGAGCCCUCGACUACUACUAGUACAACAACAGAGCCCUCGACUACUAGUAGUACGACAGUAGAGCCCUCGACUACUACUAGUACGACCGUAGAACCAUCGACUACUACUAGUACGACAGUAGAGCCCUCGACUACUACUAGUACAACAGUUGAGCCAUCGACUACUACCAGUACAACAACAGAGCCAUCGACUACUACUAGUACAACAACAGAGCCAUCGACUACUACUAGUACGACCGUAGAGCCAUCGACUACUACUAGUACAACAACAGAGCCCUCGACUACUACUAGUACGACCGUAGAGCCAUCGACUACUACUAGUACAACAGCAGAGCCAUCGACUACUACUAGUACAACAAUAGAGCCAUCGACUACUACUAGUACAACAACAGAGCCCUCGACUACUACUAGUACGACCGUAGAGCCAUCGACUACUACUAGUACAACAACAGAGCCCUCGACUACUACUAGUACAACAACAGAGCCCUCGACUACUACAAGUACAACAACAGAGCCCUCGACUACUACUAGUACAACAGCAGAGCCCUCGACUACUACUAGUACAACAGUUGAGCCCUCGACUACUACUAGUACAACAAUAGAGCCAUCAACUACUACUAGUACAACAACAGAGCCCUCGACUACUACUAGUACAACAACAGAGCCCUCGACUACUACUAGUACAACAGCAGAGCCCUCGACUACUACUAGUACAACAGUUGAGCCAUCGACUACUACUAGUACAACAGUUGAGCCCUCGACUACUACUAGUACAACAACAGAGCCAUCGACUACUACCAGUACAACAACAGAGCCAUCGACUACUACUAGUACAACCGUAGAGCCAUCGACUACUACUAGUACAACAACAGAGCCCUCGACUACUACUAUUACAACAACAGAGCCCUCGACUACUACUAGUACAACAACAGAGCCCUCGACUACUACUAUUACAACAACAGAGCCCUCGACUACUACUAGUACAACAGCAGAGCCCUCGACUACUACUAGUACAACAGUUGAGCCAUCGACUACUACUAGUACAACCGUAGAGCCAUCGACUACUACUAGUACAACAAUAGAGCCAUCAACUACUACUAGUACAACAACAGAGCCCUCGACUACUACUAGUACAACAACAGAGCCCUCGACUACUACUAGUACGACCGUAGAGCCAUCGACUACUACUAGUACAACAACAGAGCCCUCGACUACUACUAGUACAACCGUAGAGCCAUCGACUACUACUAGUACAACAACAGAGCCCUCGACUACUACUAUUACAACAACAGAGCCCUCGACUACUACUAGUACAACCGUAGAGCCAUCGACUACUACUAGUACAACAGCAGAGCCCUCGACUACUACUAGUACAACAGUUGAGCCAUCGACUACUACUAGUACAACAAUAGAGCCAUCAACUACUACUAGUACAACCGUAGAGCCAUCGACUACUACUAGUACAACAACAGAGCCCUCGACUACUACUAUUACAACAACAGAGCCCUCGACUACUACUAGUACAACCGUAGAGCCAUCGACUACUACUAGUACAACAACAGAGCCCUCGACUACUACUAUUACAACAACAGAGCCCUCGACUACUACUAGUACAACCGUAGAGCCAUCGACUACUACUAGUACAACAACAGAGCCCUCGACUACUACAAGUACAACAACAGAGCCCUCGACUACUACUAGUACAACAGCAAAGCCCUCGACUACUACUAGUACAACAACAGAGCCCUCGACUACUACAAGUACAACAACAGAGCCCUCGACUACUACUAGUACAACAGCAGAGCCCUCGACUACUACUAGUACAACAGUUGAGCCAUCGACUACUACUAGUACAACAGUUGAGCCCUCGACUACUACUAGUACAACAAUAGAGCCAUCAACUACUACUAGUACAACAACAGAGCCCUCGACUACUACUAGUACAACAACAGAGCCCUCGACUACUACUAGUACAACAGCAGAGCCCUCGACUACUACUAGUACAACAGUUGAGCCAUCGACUACUACUAGUACAACAGUUGAGCCCUCGACUACUACUAGUACAACAACAGAGCCAUCGACUACUACCAGUACAACAACAGAGCCAUCGACUACUACUAGUACAACCGUAGAGCCAUCGACUACUACUAGUACAACAACAGAGCCCUCGACUACUACUAUUACAACAACAGAGCCCUCGACUACUACUAGUACAACAACAGAGCCCUCGACUACUACAAGUACAACAACAGAGCCCUCGACUACUACUAGUACAACAGCAGAGCCCUCGACUACUACUAGUACAACAGUUGAGCCAUCGACUACUACUAGUACAACCGUAGAGCCAUCGACUACUACUAGUACAACAAUAGAGCCAUCAACUACUACUAGUACAACAACAGAGCCCUCGACUACUACUAGUACAACAACAGAGCCCUCGACUACUACUAGUACGACCGUAGAGCCAUCGACUACUACUAGUACGACCGUAGAACCAUCGACUACUACUAGUACGACAGUAGAGCCCUCGACUACUACUAGUACAACAGUUGAGCCAUCGACUACUACCAGUACAACAACAGAGCCAUCGACUACUACUAGUACAACAACAGAGCCAUCGACUACUACUAGUACGACCGUAGAGCCAUCGACUACUACUAGUACAACAACAGAGCCCUCGACUACUACUAGUACGACCGUAGAGCCAUCGACUACUACUAGUACAACAGCAGAGCCAUCGACUACUACUAGUACAACAAUAGAGCCAUCGACUACUACUAGUACAACAACAGAGCCCUCGACUACUACUAGUACGACCGUAGAGCCAUCGACUACUACUAGUACAACAGUUGAGCCAUCGACUACUACCAGUACAACAACAGAGCCAUCGACUACUACUAGUACAACAACAGAGCCAUCGACUACUACUAGUACGACCGUAGAGCCAUCGACUACUACUAGUACAACAGUUGAGCCAUCGACUACUACCAGUACAACAACAGAGCCAUCGACUACUACCAGUACAACAACAGAGCCAUCGACUACUACUAGUACAACAACAGAGCCAUCGACUACUACUAGUACAACAACAGAGCCAUCGACUACUACUAGUACGACAGUAGAGCCCUCGACUACUACUAGUACAACCGUAGAGCCAUCGACUACUACUAGUACAACAACAGAGCCAUCGACUACUACUAGUACAACAACAGAGCCCUCGACUACUACUAGUACAACAACAGAGCCCUCGACUACUACUAGUACAACAACAGAGCCCUCGACUACUACUAGUACAACAGUUGAGCCAUCGACUACUACCAGUACAACAACAGAGCCAUCGACUACUACUAGUACAACAACAGAGCCAUCGACUACUACUAGUACGACAGUAGAGCCCUCGACUACUACUAGUACAACAAUAGAGCCAUCGACUACUACUAGUACAACAACAGAGCCCUCGACUACUACUAGUACAACAACAGAGCCCUCGACUACUACUAGUACAACAACAGAGCCAUCGACUACUACUAGUACAACAACAGAGCCCUCGACUACUACUAGUACAACAGUUGAGCCAUCGACUACUACUAGUACAACAGUUGAGCCAUCGACUACUACCAGUACAACAACAGAGCCAUCGACUACUACCAGUACAACAACAGAGCCAUCGACUACUACUAGUACGACAGUAGAGCCCUCGACUACUACUAGUACAACAGUUGAGCCCUCGACUACUACUAGUACAACAACAGAGCCCUCGACUACUACUAGUACGACCGUAGAGCCAUCGACUACUACUAGUACAACAACAGAGCCCUCGACUACUACUAGUACGACCGUAGAGCCAUCGACUACUACUAGUACAACAGUUGAGCCCUCGACUACUACUAGUACAACAACAGAGCCAUCGACUACUACCAGUACAACAACAGAGCCAUCGACUACUACUAGUACGACAGUAGAGCCCUCGACUACUACUAGUACAACAAUAGAGCCAUCGACUACUACUAGUACAACAACAGAGCCCUCGACUACUACUAGUACAACAACAGAGCCAUCGACUACUACCAGUACAACAACAGAGCCAUCGACUACUACUAGUACGACCGUAGAGCCAUCGACUACUACUAGUACAACAAUAGAGCCAUCGACUACUACUAGUACAACAACAGAGCCCUCGACUACUACUAGUACGACCGUAGAGCCAUCGACUACUACUAGUACAACAGUUGAGCCAUCGACUACUACUAGUACGACCGUAGAGCCAUCGACUACUACUAGUACAACAGCAGAGCCCUCGACUACUACUAGUACAACAACAGAGCCCUCGACUACUACUAGUACAACAACAGAGCCAUCGACUACUACUAGUACAACAAUAGAGCCAUCAACUACUACUAGUACAACCGUAGAGCCAUCGACUACUACUAGUACAACAACAGAGCCCUCGACUACUACUAUUACAACAACAGAGCCCUCGACUACUACUAGUACAACCGUAGAGCCAUCGACUACUACUAGUACGACCGUAGAGCCAUCGACUACUACUAGUACAACAACAGAGCCCUCGACUACUACUAGUACGACCGUAGAGCCAUCGACUACUACCAGUACAACAACAGAGCCAUCGACUACUACUAGUACAACAACAGAGCCCUCGACUACUACUAGUACGACCGUAGAGCCAUCGACUACUACCAGUACAACAACAGAGCCAUCGACUACUACUAGUACAACAACAGAGCCCUCGACUACUACUAGUACGACCGUAGAGCCAUCGACUACUACUAGUACAACAACAGAGCCCUCGACUACUACUAGUACGACCGUAGAGCCAUCGACUACUACUAGUACAACAGUUGAGCCAUCGAGUACUACCAGUACAACAACAGAGCCAUCGACUACUACUAGUACAACAAUAAAGCCAUCGACUACUACUAGUACAACAGUUGAGCCAUCGACUACUACUAUUACAACAACAGAGCCCUCGACUACUACUAGUACAACAACAGAGCCCUCGACUACUACUAGUACGACCGUAGAGUCAUCAACUACUACUAGUACAAUAACUAACAACGGCAGUAUUAAACUUUUCUCAUAA